GGCAUUACCUGACACUCAGAUCACCAGUUAUGCAGCCACUUUACACCGGAAGAAGACACUUGUGCCAGCCCUUUACAAGGUUAUUCAAGAUUCGAAUAAUGAGAUACAGCCUCCAAGAGUGCCUCUGCUGUACACCUGAGUGAGUUUGAAGAAGUUCAGCUCUUGGAGCCUGUCUGCCAUCAGCUGUUUGAACUCUAUCGCAGUUCUGAGGUUCGACUCAAGAGGUUCACACUGCAGUUCUUGCCAGAAUUGAUGUGGGUUUACUUACGGCUUACGGUUAGCCGAGACAGACAGAGUAAUGGGUGCAUUGAAGCGCUUCUCUUAGGAAUUUACAAUUUGGAAAUUGCUGAUAAAGAUGGAAACAAUAAGGUUUUGUCUUUCACUAUCCCUUCUUUAUCCAAACCUUCAAUUUAUCAUGAGCCCUCAACGAUUGGGUCCAUGGCUUUGACGGAAGGUGCUUUGUGUCAGCAUGACCUCAUCAGAGUCGUUUACAGUGACCUUCAUCCUCAGAGGGAAACGUUCACUGCACAAAACCGGUUUGAAGUCCUGAGUUUUCUCAUGCUGUGUUAUAAUUCUGCUAUUGUGUAUAUGCCGGCCUCAUCUUACCAGUCCCUUUGUCAGAUGGGCUCCAGGGUUUGUGUGAGUGGGUUUCCUCGGCAACACGAAAAACACUGGAAAGAACUCUGUGGUCGAAUAGUAUUGGAUCCUGAAUUUAUGGUGCAGCUCCUCACGGGGGUUUAUUAUGCCAUGUAUAAUGGACAGUGGGACCUUGGCCAGGAAGUUCUUGGUGAUAUCAUUUACAGAGCUCAACUAGAACUCUUUUCUCAGCCACUAUUGGUUGCCAACGCCAUGAAAAACUCACUGCCAUUCGAUGCUCCCGACUCCUCCCAAGAAGGCCAGAAGGUCCUGAAAGUGGAAGUCACCCCAACAGUGCCGAGGAUUUCUCGGACUGCAAUCACAACAGCUUCAAUCCGUCGUCACAGGUGGAAAAGAGAAGAUGGCUUUGACUUCUCAAACGAGGCUGACUCGAGCAUUCCUGGCUCCCCGAUCCAACACGACUCCACUGACCUAGGGAUCAAGCGUGUGCAAGAGGGGGAGGUGCCGGUGCGCAGGACCCCUGAGCACCGCUCGCCGGAGCCCAACUCGGCAGCAGCCACAACUGAGGGUGCUGAAAGCAUAAAUGGAGAAGAACUUGCACACCUGAAUGAUGCUGAUGAAGGGUUUUCAUCAGGGGCUUCCCUCAGCAGCCAGCCAGUUGGGACCAAAGCAUCCUCCUCCUCUCAGAGAGGAAGCUUGCGGAAAGUGGCCACUGGGCGUUCAGCCAAAGACAAAGAAGCAGCUUCUGCCACCAAAUCCAGUGAGAGCCCUCGAGAGCCAGUGGUUCGCAAACAGUACGGACAGCAGCCUACUGACCUUAGUGCAGAUUCAGUUGAGCUGACACCAAUGAAGAAACACCUGAGCCUGCCUGCUGGGCAGGUGGUGCCAAAAACCAAUAGUCUGAGUCUAAUCCGGACAGCCAGUGCUUCCUCCAGUAAAUCCUUUGACUACGUCAACGGCAGCCAAGCAGGUACUAGCAUCGGGGUCGGUCCGGAGGGAAUCACCAAUCUAGCCACUCACAGUGCUAACCGUUACUCAACCAUCAGCCUCCAGGAAGACCGGCUGGGUCAAGCUGGGGAUGGGAAGGAGCUCCUCAGCCCAGGAGCCCCCCUGACCAAGCAGUCCCGCUCUCCAAGUUUCAAUAUGCAGCUGAUAUCCCAGGUGUAGCUUUGACACGCCCUGUGCUGUUUCUGCUUUUCUUGUAACUGAACAUUUCCUUGUGCAAGAAGACCCUUCAUCCCGCCUUGUGAAAAUACUAGUCAUCGCAGCUGGAUUUGAUUUAGCUCUUCAUAUUCACCCCAUAUUUUUCGAUGGAGACAGCAAUAAGGUUUUCCUUUCUCUCCUCCGCCUCCCUGUUUCCUGUUGUCAGUGUGCUGGGAAGAGUGUAAUGUGCUUGCCUUCCAGGCCUCCCCUUCUCCCUGGGUGAUGUGCAAUCCCUCGUAGGCGGAUCAGUCCCAUUUCAACACUGUGAGACUGAGGGUGCGUUAGAGGAAAUGCUGGAUAUGAUCCCUAUGAAAUGAUUCUUUGGCUUUUGUUUAAAAACAAAACAAAAACGGGUUUGUUCACAUAAUCUAUAGAACUAUGAAGAUGACUGGAUCGUAUUUUUUUCUGUCUUAACCAGGAGUGCCUCAGAGAUUGUGCUACGACUUUGGACUUCUCUGAGUCUGCAGUCGUUUUCUCAAGAAGUGCGGGGAAGGGUGGCAGGCUGCUGUACUUUCUCAUGAAAAUGAGGGUGGCUCCCUUCCCUGCGUCUCCUUCAUUGGGGACAUAGACACUCGUUGCGAAGGCAUUUAAGUCAAAUUGUGACCCCCUUCUUUGAGAGCUGGGCUCUAAGUUGAUGAUGUAGUUGAUAAUGCACUUUUUCAAUGGCUCUCUAGUCAUUAUUAACAUGUCUUCCCUCUUCCCACUAAGACUUAAGGUCUUUUUUCUCCUUAAAGAUCGAACAACUAACAAAUCAGAGAAUCCAGUGGGCAUGUCUGUUUCCCAGGAAUGAUUGACUCGGUGCUGGGGUUUUGUGGGGGAGGGAUUUUGCUUAGUGUGUGUGGGACUGUAUGUGGGGGAAGGUUUUAUUAUUUUGCUUUUUUCUUUUGUGAGCUGAUGAUGACUGAAAUAGAACUGUACGUCUUCAGGUAAAGAGAGGGAUUUCUCAGUCCAUGUUCUGAGCUGUCAAGACUAUUGGAGAAACCCUUUCAGCUGCUUUCUAGAUGUACCUAAAUUCAGUCAGAUCUUUUGGAUUAAAAAACUUAAAAGUCCUGAUAGGUCAUAUAUUCCAAGGAAAUACAUCAGGGACAGAUAAUUGGCUGAAACACUGAUGCUUCAAUGUAAUACAUUUUAUAGAACAUUUCUACCAGGGGGUACUGACUUAAUUUCUAAUAUAAGGACCAUACUGCCUUUAUGUUCAAUGUGAUGCAAUUUGUAAAUCUUCUAAUCCUGUAUCUGCAGAGUUUCUCAUUUUUAUAAAACUUUGAAGUCAUGCCACUAAGCUAGAUACUGAAUGUAUGGAAGUAGCAUUUGGUAACUGCUAAGAGGCCACAAGAGUACAUUACUGCUUAAAAAAUUUUAUGUUUUGAUUUGGUUGGCUAAGACCUGCUACAUCCUCUUGUGAGUCUCAGGCUCUAAUGUUUGCAAAAAGAAGGGAAUAUAUUAGACUUUUCGAAACAGUACUUAACGUGAACUUUAAGUUACCCUUCCACAAACUACAGUGGAGUGCUUUGUACACUUAGUUUCAGUUUAUUAUCAUGAAAGAAAAAUACAGUGAGUUUAUAGAAAGCAAGUAUUCUAAUAAAGUUUAAAGUUUUAUCUCUGCCAACUAUACUUACAGUAAGCUUGGAUUAUAAAAUAACCAGAAAAAAAAUGUUGCUUUUUUGAUACUUAAUCCUCCCCUUUUUAAUUAUAAGGGCAUUUUUCUUUAAUAAAGACAAAUGUUAAGGCACUUUCAUGUUGGAAUCUUCUUGAGAACAGUAAGGUACUUGUGUGACUUUGGUGAUCCAGGGGGCUUGCAGGCUAGCCCAGCUGUUCAAAGUGCCUGCCUGGGCAGACUCGUUUGGACGCAGGGGACUGCAGUUUGACCCCCAGCCCCACAAGCAGCACUGGACCCGCCCCUACAGCAGCCUGAGGCAGCCCCUCCAAAAAGAUCCUUCUGGAAUUUGAUGAUCUGUUAAUUUAUGGAAAACAGACCCUGAACUAGUAGCCUCAAUAUUGCCAAAGUCCAAGGUAGUGGUAAAAGUUGGCAGUUUAUUGUGUGUAUGGUCUGUGUACAUGUAGGUCACAAAGAUAAUUGAGAUAGCCUUAUUUCUUUUCAUUUUACUAUGGGAUGUCAAAGAAAUGAAAAGAAUGCUAAAACUGAAAAUAAGUGAGGUGUAUGAGUGUGCUCAUGCUAAGGAAGAUAAGGCUUCGGAACAUCAGACUUAGCAGGGAGUGAGAUCUUGGCAGAAAAAUUCCUGGUGUAAAAAGUUGUGUGUAUACUGGAUCUAAAUCAAGAAUGAUUUUAGUUACAGCACAAAGGAUGUAACCAAACUACAGCAAAAGCUAUAAAAUUCAUGAUAAAAAUUCCCUUUGUUUAAGAAUCUUAAGUUAUUCCUGCAAAGCUAGUUUUAAAACUUUCUAAUCUUAGAGGACUUCACUUAUUUCCACUCAUAUAAAUAAGAGCUUUUUAUUUUUUUUAAAAAAAGUUUUGUGUAUAUAACCAUUAAUGUUUCAUGGCUUCAUAUUGUUUUCUAUUCCUUCAGUUAUGUGAUUUGACUCCAGUAAGGAAACAUUUCAUUUGGUUUAAGCUUUGCAUUCAGGCUGGGCGAGGUGGCGCACACCUGCGAUCCCAGCACCUGAGAGGCUGAGGCAG